AUGAGUUUCGAUCCUAUUUCUCAAGAUUUUAAAUUAGUAAGGUUCGUAGCAACCGUUUUCCCUGACGAUGGUCAUCAAACUCACGUGACUAAUCACGUGGAGUUAUACUCCCUAAAGUCCGAUUCUUGGGAGGAAUUAUCCGAUCACCGUUGUUUUGAUUGCCGAUUAACCACGUAUGUUGUAGCUACUGUAAAUGGGGUACCUUAUUGGAGGGCGCAGAUGAAAAACAAAAGGAUGCGACUUCUUACCUUUGACUUUGCUAGUAAACAGUUCUCAUUUGUUGAUCUUCCUGAUUCUGCUAACCGUGCACGGAAAUUGCAUCUUGCCGAGCGGGAUGGGUCGCUUGCAGCUAUAAUUUACCCAGGUUUCGGAAAGAAUAUAUUUUUUGAAGUAUGGUUGAGAAGUCAUGAUGGUUCAUGGGAGGAGGUAUCCACAAUUUGUGUUCCUGGUGCUGUUGAGCCAUUAGGGUUCUGGACAAAAGAUGAACUGCUUUUUAAAUGCAGGGGUGAAUACCUAAUCAUUUUUUGCCUUGACACUCGAGAGGCUAAGCGUCUUAAUAUCACUAGUGAUCGUAAGGAUCCUUACAAGACGUUCAUUCCUUGUGUGGAGAGUGGAGUUCAGCUCGUUGGGAAAUCAGAGUGCGAAAACAAAGAGGUAUAUUAA